AUGCCUGUUAUCUUCUCAAAUCGGUUCAUACUCCAGCAGCCACCGCGUACAUCGUCUUCUUCACCUUCCACUCGUCUAAUCCUUACUAGCACGUACAUUGGGAGCACGCCAAAUCCCCCGAAGCGUAUCCGCCAGCAUAACGGAGAACUAACCCAAGGCGCCUUCAAGACCAAGUCAAAGAGACCAUGGAUUAUGCAAAUGAUCGUCUACGGCUUUCCUUCUAAAUUAACCGCGUUACAAUUUGAAUGGGCCUGGCAACAUUCACACAAGAGCCGCCACUUGCGAGAUGCUGAGGGGAAGCCAUUAUUGUCUCCCGCGAGAGUAAUGCGCGCUCAUAUCCGAGCAGUGCGACUCAUGAUUGCCACCUAUUGGGCCUCAUACAGUCUUCACGUCAAAUUAUUCACCGAGGCCGCGGUUCGAGACUGGAAAGCAGCUGAACAAGUGACGCCAGUCCUGCCCGUGGGCUUUACCUGUCAAGUCGAGCUCGAGGGUGUCAAUGGCCGGUCAGGCAAAGCAGGAUCAGGACGCGACGGUCCCAUCUUAGUUGACGACGGCUUGUUUACCUCAGCUCUUCUUGCGAAAAAUAAUGCUCUUGCUGCCUCAGGGAAACAACUGACAUGCAGCAUCUGUGGCGAAAAUCUGUCAAGCCACAACACGGAAGCGCUACGAACCGCACUCUGCCCAGUCUCAGGAUGCUCUUCGAUCGCACAUUUGACCUGUCUGUCCCAAAAAUUCCUUACAAAAGCGUCGACCUCAUCUGGAAUCCUACCACGGGGUGGGAAUUGCGUUGGAUGUGGCACCUAUGUGCUCUGGGGCAAUAUUGUUCAUGGCUCGUUUCGUCGUGCUGGAAUGGUCGCGGACCCUGAAGGCGACGAGGAUGCGCUAUUUUUAUCGGACAGCGAUGAAGAUCAGGAACCGACUAAAAGCAGAAGCAAACGAAGAGUAAAACCUGCUAAUGUGUCUUCUGAGGGCGAGGAAUUCGAUUUUGGAGCUGUGGAUCGGGGAAGUGAUCGUGCGCAAGUCAAAUCGCAAAAGCGUAUCCCACAACCAACUGGCGCGUCGCGGAAUCCGCGCGCUGCUUCGCUUGCUUUGUUUGAGUCCGAUAGUUGUAGUGACUGA